AUGCUAGCAAGACAUAAUAUACAGCGCACUGGGAUUAGGUACCUAUAUGCUCCCUCACGCUUGCAUAAUCAGCAAAUCCCACCACCACCACCGCAAUCCAAUGAUAAGACCAAUCAAAAGAAAGAGUACACCAAGAAUGACGUAAAGUACGGUCCACUUUCACAAGCGCAACAAGCAUACCUUGAUCGUGUCAUCCGCGUUGAUCAAGCUGGUGAACUAGGUGCUAACUAUAUCUACAGGGGUCAAUACUUCGUACUUGCCAACAAGUACCCUCAUUUGAAACCAAUUUUAAAACACAUGUGGGACCAAGAAAUCCAUCAUCACAACACGUUCAACAAUUUACAAACACAACGUCGUGUGCGUCCAUCACUCUUGACUCCGCUUUGGAAAUUGGGUGCUAUGGGGAUAGGUAUGGGUACUGCUUUGAUCAGUAAAGAAGCGGCGAUGGCAUGCACUGUUGCUGUAGAGACGGUGAUUGGUGGUCAUUAUAACCAACAAUUGCGAGUCUUGACUAAUCAAUAUGGAGUUAAAUUGCGAGACAAAGAAACUGGGGAAGUUUUGGAUAAGGACGAUGUGAGCAAGAGUGUACAAGUUAGUGAUGAGUUGCAGAGUUUGAAAAAUCAAAUUAGUCAGUUUAGAGAUGACGAGUUGGAACACUUGGAUACUGCCGUUGAACAUGAUGCAGAAAAGGCAGUGCCAUAUAUGUUGUUAACUGAGGGAAUCAAGUUGAUCUGUAGAGGUGCCAUUUGGACUGCUGAAAGGAUAUAA